UGUGGAGUGGGCGCGUUCUUGCCCGCCUGGCACGGCUGCAUGUGCACACGUAGGCUCGCCUCCACCUACCCGAUUCCGCUUUAAGAAGGCGGAAACCUCCUGCGCUCCCCAGUCUGUUUAUUACGAGCCUCCAGCGGCACAUGGAAACGCGCCUGCAAAUCCGUCCAAACAUGGCGAAACCGUAUGGCGCUCCUCUCAGCGAGAGCGCGCACUAAAUACAGCCCACCUGGGUUAGGACUCCAGUACCGGCCAGAAGCCACGAGAAGCCAUACUUUCUGCUGUCAUCGUUGCUAUCGCACUUGCAGCGGUUCCAACUGUUCCUGACACCAUGGUUGCGCCACCGCUGCCACACAGGCGCGGAUAAAUGCGGCAACGCAGGCGAAGCUCUGUCCGCCUCGAUCAACACCGAGCGCAGUAAGAGAGACGCCCCGCGGGGCUGGAUUUUAAAGCGAGUCCGCGCGGCAGUGCGGAGAGAAACUCCCUCCGGGCCCCAGACGAGCUUAGAGAAGAACCGAAUCAGAGCAGAGGGCGAAAAAGUGAAAUGGGCGAAUCGGCCGCUGCCACCGAGGACACCUUAACUUAACAUAGCCGCGAGAGGAUCGGCGGGAUGGCAGCCUCCAGCAACUCCAGUCUCUCCGGAUCCUCGCUCUCCUCCGAUCCAGAAGAUUUCCAGCCCCCCAUAUGGAAGUCCUACUUGUACCAGCUCCAGCAGGAAGCCCCUCGUCCCAAGCGGAUCAUCUGUCCUCAGGAGAUGGAGAGUCGUCCCCGGCACUACGGCAGAGAGUUCCAUGGAAUGAUGUCUAGGGAAUGUGCAGACCAGCUGCUUGGUGGAGCUGAGGGGGCAUAUCUGAUCCGGGAGAGCCAGAGGCAGCCUGGGAGCUACACACUAGCCCUGAGGUUUGGAGGUCAGACUCUGAACUACCGGCUGUUCUACGAUGGGAAGCACUUUGUGGGUGAGAAGCGGUUUGAGUCGGUGCAUGACCUGGUGACGGACGGCCUGAUCACGCUGUACAUCGAGAGCAAGGCGGCGGAGUACAUCGCCCGCAUGACCACCAAUCCCAUCUACCAGCACGUGGGCUACAGCUCUCUGCUGCGCGACCGCAUCACGCACAGGCUGGGCCGCGCCCGCACAGAACCCAAACGGGUCACCUUCCAACAGGACGAGAAGGUGGCGUCGUCCCCGCUGGAUCGCCAGAGUGUGCUGAAGGACUGUCCGGACAAACACUGCAGCUACGACAAGGUGCACAACUUCAAGGUUCAUACCUUCAGAGGACCCCACUGGUGUGAGUACUGCGCCAACUUCAUGUGGGGACUCAUCGCCCAGGGUGUCCGCUGUUCAGACUGUGGUUUGAACGUGCAUAAGCAGUGCUCUAAGCUGGUCCCCAGCGACUGCCAACCGGACCUGCGGCGGAUUAAGAAGGUGUUCAGCUGUGACCUGACCACUCUGGUGAAGGCCCACAAUGCACCCCGGCCCAUGGUGCUGGACAUGUGCAUCCGCGAGAUAGAGCACAGAGGCCUGAAGUCAGAGGGUUUAUACAGAGUUUCUGGUUUCACUGACCACAUAGAGGACGUCAAACUGGCUUUUGACCGAGAUGGAGAUAAAGCAGACAUAAGUGCAGCAACUUACGCUGACAUUAACAUCAUUGCUGGAGUUCUGAAGCUCUACCUGAGAGACCUGCCGAUCCCUGUCAUCACCUACGACCUGUACAACACCUUCAUCCAGGCCGCAAAGAUCCCAGACCCUGAUGCUCGGUUAGAGGCCAUCCAUGAGGGCUUGCUGCAGCUGCCUCCAGCCCACUACGAGACGCUCCGAUACCUGAUGAUGCACCUCAAGAGGGUGACCCUGCAUGAGAAGGACAACUUCAUGAAUGCAGAGAAUUUGGGCAUCGUGUUUGGACCUACGCUAAUGCAUCCCCCUGACCAGGAGACUCUGGCGUCCCUCAACGACAUGCGCUACCAGAAAGUGAUCAUCCAGCUGCUGAUCGAGCACGAGGACGUCCUGUUCUAACGUGACACGAGGGGGUCCUGUUCUAACGUGACACGAGGGGGUCCUGUUCUAACUGGACAUGAAGAGGUCAUGUUCUCACUGUUCUAACGUGACACGAGGGGGUCCUGUUCUAACUGGACAUGAAGAGGUCAUGUUCUCACUGUUCUAACGUGACCCAAGGGAGUCCUGUUCUAACUGGACAUGAGGAUACUCUCUUUCAACUAAACGUGGGUAUGAGCUUUUUCAGAUGAACAUGAGGACUCUCACUUUCAGAUGAACGUGAGGACUCUCAUUUUCAGAGGAACGUGAGGACUCUCUCUUUCAGAGGAACAUGAACAUGUCCUGCUCUAACUCUGCACAAGAGCAUUGUGUUUUAACUGGACCUGAAAAUGAACACUGUAACCUACUGUUUUACUAGACACUGGGACGUCCUUCCACAACAGUAAAUAAGAACACUCUAUCUGAGCAGGACACACUGAUACAGAUGGUCAGAGGGACGUCUCUCCCCCCCCACACACACACACACACAAACCAUACACGUUGUUCAAGGGAACAAUGUGGGUGAAUACCAUCCCUCUGCCCAACCUUUAAAGAUGUCAUAACUUAAGACCAUGCAGAAGGUGCCAUUCUCUCCUAAAACAAAAGACUGAUUGAGAAAAAUUUAAAUGCUAAGCACUUUUAAUUACCAAGAAUGAUCUGACUUUUUGUAUUUAUGUUACCUGUGUUCAGUGUUCUUUCUUGCAUUCUGUAAAUAGUCACUCCAGAAUGUUUAUUUGCCUGUCUUAAGUAUCUGUGAUUUGAAAACAAAUAGUUUUCUCCUGUGUAGGGAACAUUAUGUUAUGAAUUGUGACUAAAAUAACCAAGAAUGUCAUUCAUAAUAAGAUAAGAAAAACAAAACAAAAUCGGUGCCAUUGUUUACAAAUGUGCGAAAGACACUCCUACCCUUAGCCAUAUCCUGGGGCCCAGGUGACUCUGAUGACAUUCCACAUCUGCUCGUGGUAAUGCGGUGUGAUAUGUGUGUUGCCAUGGUAAUGCAGUGUGAUGUGUGUGUUGCCAUGGUAAUGCAGUGAUAUGUGUGUGUUGCCAAUGGCCUGGCUGUUGGAAUGGGUUCUAUCUUCUUAAAGCUUCUAUCUGCCAGUAGUGAUGAAAAGAGAGCCCUAACAUCAGAGAAGUUGAAUGAAUUUCAUUAUUUGAUAUUUUUAAAUGUUUUAUAAAUACAUUUGUUGAAAAGUAUUUUUGAAGAAAAAAAAGAUAUCAUUUUGAGUGUAUAUCAUUAAUUGCAAGAGUCAUUUCCGUGUGCAUGUUUCUUCAGUGAUUCUACAAUCAUAGAUGUUAUGAUGCUGAUUUCCGAAAUCCCCCCCCCCCGCUGCAUAGUGUCACUAAGCCCAAGGGGCCAACUCCCCCCCACCUGCUGCAUAGUGUCACUAAGCCCAAGGGGGCAACUCCGAACUUGUGCUUGUGGACGGGCCGGGCCCCUAGAGGCUGUGUGUCACGUCCUGUUUGUCCUGUCUGGAUUUAGAUCCGAUAGACUACGAGCUAAACCUACAUAAUGAACUCAAGCGACCUUUAUAAAUUCCACUUCUACCAGGUUGUACCAAAGAUUCUAGUUUGGUCUGAUUCUGACUUUAAUCCUCUCCGGUUCUAGAUCUGUGCUGUAGGCUACUUGCACAGAACGCCUGGUCUCCGGUUCUAGAUCUGUGCUGUAGGCCACAAUGUAUGCAAUAUCAUAAUAUAUUAUGUUAUAUUUAUGCAUGUUCAUCUGGCUUAGAGAGACUAUGCAACCCAAACCUUUGAUCAUGCACACGUUUAAAUCACCCUCUGGUAUUUAUUUUGUGAAAUGUGUUUUUGAUUGUGCAACCCUUUGUUUAAUUUUAUUAAUUGUUUAUAAAAUAUAUUUUGAUGAUUAAAAUUGUAAGAGUUA